AUGUCUACCUACGGUCACACCAAGUCUGCUUCCUCUUCUUCCUCUGCUUCUGCGCCAACUCCUUCCCGUCGCCGUGGCAAGAAGUCUCAGCAAGCCUGGACUCACACUCACCAUCUCCCUACCGCCGAGCAACGCUCUCUCAACGGCCGCAAGAAGGAUCGCAACCUUAUCUCAUGGACUCGCCCGCGCAUGUCUGACAAGCUGCUCCAAGUCCUUGUGUAUGAAUGCAACAGAGCCAAGAUCAGGUUGCCUUGGGACCAAGUUGCUCAUCGACUCAAUCCCGGCUCCAGUGGGAGUUCGAUCACUCAGUGGCUUGGCCGAAACCGCAACGACCUCAUCGCCGAAGGUCACAUCGUCCCUCCUCCCCUUUCCCCUCGCGCCGACCGAACUGUUCGCGGCGUCAUGCGUGCAGAUCUUGACGGCGAGGACACAACCACCACUCGUGAAGUUCUCUUCACCGAGCCUCUUUAUCACCCUGAGUACAGCCUAGGCGAUGCUCCUGAGAUCAAAGACCCCUUCACUUCUCAGAUGGAGGCUGUCAUCGGCGCCCCAGAAGCACACACAUUCCCUGCUGCUCAACUUCCUGUCACUCCCACUCCUGUCUCUCGUCGCCGACGUCGCCGUCAUCACACUCCUCAGCCCUCCGUUGUUGAGUUUGUUGUCUCUUCUUCUCCUUUCUCUCCUCCUGGCUCCGAAGUGUCUUGCCCUUCUUCCCUCCCGGCAUCUGCAGAGUCCAACGAGCCUCAGUCUCCUGGCCUGUACCUGUUUGAGCCUGCUGACGACUAUCUUCCUGAGCUCCCUGCCGAUUACGACAAUGAGUCUCCCGGCGCGUACCUCGAUGAGCCUGAGACCGACUCUCUUACCAACAACGCGGCAACCUUGUCUGACGAGGCCACCCCUGAGUGCCAGGUGGUGUUUACUUCUCCCAUCACAGCCUCCACCGCCGCCUUUAUGAUCGAGCCGGUCGAGUCGGACUCGGAAUCGGACACCGAAGACUUUGAUGGCUAUCCGCUGGUCGAGCUAGACCCGCGGGAGCCUGAGGAGUCUUCAGUGUCCGAGGAAGAGGAAGAGGAGACUGAGCCCGUUCCCGUUGCCGCUGCUGUUCCCGUCGCCGCCCCCGUUGUCGCCCCCGUCCCCUUCGCCGACAACAGCGUCCAGAACUUUGCCGGCCCAGGUUCGGUCGCAACUUUUGUUGCGCCAGCCUUUGGGCCGGCAGUUCCGUUCGACGCCGAGGCCAUCGCCGCCUCCCUCCCUCCACCUCCCCCCUUUGAUGUCAACGACAUCACCGACUGGUCCUGGUUCCCUGCCGCCCAACUCGCGGCGGCAGAGGAGAUCAACCAGGCUGACCUGUUUGCGGGACUCAACAUCCCGCGAGACAUCCUCGGCAGCGGGACUGGGGUCGCCAGCUUCCCAGCUGGUGGCCAAGGUUAUGGUUUCGACCUAACCUACCAGUUCCCUGUCGCAGGCUCUGUCGCCGACGACGUCUUCUUCGGGGCGGGUGGCCAAGGCCAGCCCGCCUUUUCGCAAAGCCUGAAGAGGAUGCGGGGAGAGGGAGAGGGAGAGGAGUCCCCUUCCAAGAGGGGUUGCCCUGGGUGGUUUAUCACCCAGUAA